UCUAUAGAUUGCAAAUAUAUUUUCGCACGUAUAUAUAUAUGUGUAAACUGGUAUGGCGGUUGCGCGCGUUCACGGUUCGUGCGAGUGGUGGUUCAGGAGUGUCUCGCGAGGGUCGUAGGAGCGUUCAGUUGGCAAGGUGAAGUGUGUGUGUAUAUAUCUGGCGUUUACACAGUUACAAAGUGCAUAGUGACGCGAGUGCACGUGUAUUAGAGCGAGAGAGAAAGAGAAUUCGAUAGAAAGAGAACAAGUAUAUCGGUAGCUCGCGGUUGAGAGAAGCAGAGGCCGGAGUGAUGUGUUUAGUGGUCGACGCGCCAGCGCCAACCUUAGGCCGUAAGUCGGUACGGUUGCUCUGCUGUUGCGUGGCUUAGAGCAAAAAGAAAAAAUCAAAUAAAAGGUCUAGUACGAAAGGGUUAGCGGUAAAAGAAAGGUACACGCGUAUAUACGUGUACAUGUAUAUAUAAAUAAAGUUUUGCAGCACUAGCCGAGUGCAGGAGUGGCGUUACAGUUGUUGCCUGCAUUCCGUCAUCGGUUGGCGCCCCGGGGCCGACUGUUUGAAGAGUGUGCGUGUGUGUUUGUGUGUGAGUGUGUUGCGUGGUCUCUCGGUGCGGUUUUCGCAGGGCUGCAGCCGAACGAACCUGUGAAUCGGGUCUACGGGGUGCCGAAGAAGUACAAGUUUUCUCGCCUCUCGCAAAUCUUCCAUUAACAAUCAUAAUGAUAAUAAUAAUACGGAUAAUCGUUGAGCAACCUCGGGAAAAUGAAAAUUUGUGACGAAUUGUCGAGUUUGACACACGUGUGCGCGAGUUUUCAACGGUGAAGAUUCAAGCGAAUCGCAAAAAAAAAGCGACAACCUGUAAUUAAUUCUUUCGAGCGUCCGUUAUUUUGUUAUUUUUUCGUGCGUUCGCCAUUGGCUGUUUGUGAGAGAAAAAGCUGCUCGCGCCUAAUUAUUGGUCAUCCUGUUAUUAUCCGCUGUACAAUCCUUUUUUUCGCGACCGCUUGUGUUUACAUCGCGAACGAAAAUUGCGCAUUGUUGUAUAUUUUAUUGGAAGUUUUGAGAGAAGAGUGCUGCCUCCCUCAAUUCGCGUUUCUCGGUUAAACAUAUCAAUGAGAAUCUAAUUGCUAGUUGAUCGAUGAAAUACGCCGUGUUAUUUUGCCAAAUACCGACUAAUCCCUCCCAGUCCCAUAACGAACCGUGUGCGAGAGAGAGAAAGGUCCAGUGAGUGCGGUGAGCUCGUGAGGUGAGGAUCGAUGUCGGUGCUACUGUGAAAACAUGGCUGAGGAACUGUUGGUAACGCUGAGCAGAAGCGACAACGCCGGUUUUGGUUUCUCGUUGCUCGGGACUGCCGGACUUCCUCACGUUAUUUACGACAUCGUCGAAAAUUCACCCGCCGCCGAAAGUGGCAAGGUCGAAGCGGGCGAUGUUAUAUUGAGGGUGAACGAGGUUGACGUCAACCGAUUUACGACCAAAGAAGUCCUCAAAUGCCUGAGGCUAUCCUCGGAUCCGGUCACCCUCAAGCUUCGGAGGGACCCUGCGAUAAAAGCUCAUGUGAGGAGGCUUCUGUCACCCGGGCAACAAACACGCGAUUGCACAGAGACGUCGAGCAGAUCCUGCCGGCAGCAAAGCGGAGGAGGAGAAGAAGUCAGCAGUGAAAACCAUUCGAGACAGACCGAGAAUCACGAGGAUAAGAGUGUCAACAGGAAGUCAAGCUCACCGGAAUUGCCUGUUGGCUCGCCCCAAGCACCUAUUGGAGCCUCCCAGUAUGCCACUAGGAGCAACGGUUCUUACAGCGAUGCUUCCGGUUCGUCAGAGUUCGAGGCACUCCUGCCACAGAUCGACAGUUUCAAGGAGGAAGAACGCGCUCAGUGGGAGCCCCUUUCCGGUGACAAAUUCAGUCGACAGAAAAAUACCCCUAGAUUCGAGGCUUACAUGAUGACCGGCGAUCUAAUGCUUAAUCUGUCGCGUACGCAACAGAGUACAGGCCUACUACCGAAAUAUCAGAAAAAAGUAGAUUCACUGAGGUACAACAAUCACCACAUGAAUCAUCACAAUCACCACAACACUCACAAUUAUCAUCACCACCAUCACCAUCAUCAUCAUAAUUCAGUACCGACAAGUCCGAACGAAAUGUUGGGUCAUCAUCGUGGUUACAAAGGAGCGACGGGUGGUGGUUCAAACUCGGCGAGUACAUCUCCAGUAGGAAUAAGUAAACGUGAAAGUAUAACGUCGCAGUGUCCGAUGAGCGGUGACAACAAGACAAACUCAAAUUUCGGCUAUUCGAGCGGUUUCGUAAGAACGUCGAGAUCGGAGGAUCAUUUGCAAUUUCAAAAAGAUCCAUCAAUGAGCGCAGUCGAUAUUGACAUUGACGACGACGUUACGUCCAGUUUGAAUACGCUGCUGGACACGAGACCGGACAGCGGACAAGGAGUGUCGAGCGAGCGCAUCGUGUGGACUUACAACGCACCUGUGAGCUCACCCUCUGCAUCCGAACGCACGUCUUGCUGUCAGAAUGGAAGUUCGUCACAAUCAUCGAGCAGCUCUUCGACCGAAGGAACAAGUCCUCAAAGGUCUCUCUCACCGGCUUCUCCGACCUCCGUAUCAUCCUCAGUUAUGUCAUCGAAUUCUGGUUCUCGCAGGUUUCCAUUACCAUCGAAUCAAAUACACCCUGGAGACAAUUGUAACGCGACCAAUAAUCCAACAACCAACACAACUACCGCUACAACCACCGUGAUGUCGUCAUCGAUCACCAGUAAUCAGGGUACAAACAAUUAUUUACCGACGAACGGUGAUCUCAGCCAAUCCGAGGCGAUAAGUAACAUGUCCAGUCCGGACUACAACGACGAAGAAACCAUGGAUAUUCUCAGUGCACGUGAUAUCAUGAUGGUCAGUGAUCCCAGUGACAGUGACUCUACGAUAUUGGCUAGUGAACCACCCCAAAGACGCAUUAAAAAGAGUCACAAUUAUCCCAACAAUCAAGAUACCAGUGAGCAUAGAAUAGUUAUACAAGUUAAAGGCCCUGAUAAAGAUACCAAUGCAAGAAACAGCACUAGCCCCAGACAGAAUAGAAGACGCAGUAGUAAUCAAAAUGUCGCUCCAACUUCCGAUGCUCAACAAACCACCCCCAACAAUCAACGCACUAAUAAUUCCACCGUGAGUUCAGCCAACCAACCCGAAUUUUGUGGUUAUCAGGAAUUGAAAGAAAGCGAGGAUGAAUUUCUACACGUCGGUGGUAUGUGCGAUGAGCAAAAACCCAGUGGAACAUCGCCACCACAAUCGGCUGACGAAGAGAGUGACAUCGAGAGCUUGCACAGCUUCCAUUACAGCCCCAAAGCUGUCGAUUUACCGUCGGCCAUAAGACUUGCCAAGAGACUUUACUCGCUCGAUGGCUUCAAAAAAUCCGACGUGUCCAGGCACUUGAGCAAAAACAAUGAUUUUAGCCGUGCUGUCGCUGAAGAAUACCUGAGAUAUUUCAGCUUCGAACGGGACACGCUGGACGUGGCUCUUAGAAAGUUUCUUGCGCAGUUUUCUUUGACUGGUGAGACUCAGGAACGAGAGCGAGUACUUGUACAUUUCUCCAAGAGGUAUCUCGACUGUAAUCCCGGCUCUUUCAAUUCUCAAGAUGCCGUACACACAUUGACGUGUGCCAUCAUGCUGCUCAAUACUGAUCUUCAUGGUCAGAAUAUCGGUAGAAAAAUGUCGUGUGCCGAAUUCAUCGAAAACCUUUCAGAGCUUAACGAUGGAGAUAAUUUUCCAAGAGAUGUCCUCAAACAGCUGUACACUGCGAUCAAAUCGUUUCCCCUCGAAUGGGCAUUGGACGAGGAAGGUGAUGACUCAGCGUCGCAGGUCGUACAGCAAGGAGACGGACCAACGUUGUCUGGUUCUGGAAAUCCGUUCCUCGAUGUGCCAAACGUUACCGGUGCUACAGAAUUUAAAAAGGGCUACGUUAUGCGGAAAUCCUGUUACGAUGCGAACGGGAAAAAAACUCCGUUCGGGAAAAGAGGAUGGAAAAUGUAUUAUUGUACAUUGAGAGAACUUGUAUUAUAUUUGCACAAAGAUGAACAUGGGUUUCGAAACGAUAGCCUCCACAAUGCUGUGAGAAUACAUCACGCACUUGCCACCAAAGCAUCGGAUUACACAAAAAAGCAGCAUGUAUUCAGAUUGCAGACUGCCGAUCAAGCUGAAUAUCUCUUCCAAACGAGUGAUUCCAAAGAACUUCAAUCUUGGAUCGACACGAUAAAUUUCGUUUGUGCCAGUUUCUCUUGUCAGCCUCUCGCAGGAGCGGUAGGUUCUCAACGAAAGUUUCAACGGCCUUUGCUUCCCUGCAGUCACACCAAAUUGGCGCCUCGGGAACAAUUAAGGGACCACGAAGAGAGGGUUAAUAGACUGGAAGCGGAACUGGACGAGCACAGACGGCAUCCACCUGAACGGGGUGCCAAGGCUCUUACUGUUCAGAAUUACAAGGAAAAAGAUGCGUAUCUUCAUUACGAGUUGAAAAGGUACAAAACGUACGCUUAUUUACUGCGAUCAAGACUCGCGUUCACGGAAGUGGAGCCUUCACUCGUGGAGAGUUGCAUAGGCGAGGUUGACGAGAGCGGCAGCGGUGCUCUGUUGAACGCCGAGGUAGCUCUCGUACCACCGCCAGUUCCCGAUCGACCAGCUACAAAUAGGUAUAGUUACAGGGCUGCCAUUUACAACCGUAAUCUUCUGAAUGAUCAGGAUUACAGCGGUGACGUUGGUUGACGUGUAAUCGGUGUCUUUUCAGCAUGUGUGGUCUAGUCUGACCUCUGCAUACGUAGGCAGAAGCAUCAGCUUGAAUGUGAAGAUAUAAUUCAUCUCUGGAAUAAUGACUAGAAAAAAUAUUAAAUAAUAAAAUCACAAACUGAGAAAAAAAAGAAAACUAUUUCGAGGUUGCAGCAUUUUUACACGAGGAGCAAUUGUUUUACCGUACUAAACUGAUUUCUAUUAUUGUUUAAUGUUGAAUGUUCUUUUUCCAUCUGAAUAUUGUUCCUUCGUUAUUGAUAUUUGAUCUCUUCUUCCAAAGUGUACUAUUUUAAAAUUUUCAUAUUCUUCACUUUUUACUUUUAAUGAACGAAAAAAAAAAAAACAAACUUCCGAGCAACUGUUGCCACUCGCCUGCAUAUUCAGAUUCCUAGUCCAUUCGUUGCCGAAAAAUUAUAAUGGGAAUCCCAUUGGUGUUUGGAUCUGGGCUAACUUGUAACGAAUGUAAAAGGGGAAAAGGAAAAACAAAAACGAUAAAACACUUACACAUACUUAUACUUAAACUGGAUUUCGAAGGUAGAAGACGGAGAAAAAAUUAAUGCUGUUGAAAUUCGUUCGGGACAAAGCUCUUUUUUUGUCCGUGCCUUGUGGAAAGACAAGACCAGUUGAGUAUAGAAUGAUAAACGAAAUAUAUAUCUGUACAAAUCGUAUAUUGAUAAUGGUAUCGAACGUUGAAUCUCUGUUAAUGAACAAAGAAAUCAGAAACACGGGUCGUUUACGUACGUAUUAGUUGGUAAAUAAUAAAAUCAUUACGGUAGUAAAGACGAUCGAAUUAUUUGAAUUCAUUUAAAUUACUAUACGACGUGGUGCUGGUCUUUUUACAAGUAUUAUAUAAUAACAUAGUUAUAUUAUACAUAUAUAUAUAGAUAUUGUAUGUAUUAUGUAUACUUUUGAACUUAAACUUUUGGCUCAUGCUUUGCGUUAAUCGUAAAUCAUUCAUCAAUCGUAAUUCAAACACACGACUAACUCUUGUAUUUCAUUGGAACAAGGUAAAAUAAGCUGCUCAUCGCCUUCUUCUCAUCGCUGAUCCUAACUGUACGGAAAAUCUAGAAACAUUAAUCUAGCAUUAUCGUGUAUAGUUGUGUUAUUUAUUUAUUCUCAUUAUUUGUUUUUUUUUCUUCGCUUUGCGAAUUUGACUAAUUAUUCUGCAUUUUUUUAUUUUUUUAAAUUUUAUUUUAUUUAACAAAAAUUCUCAAUAUCGAGCAUCAUUGUAGCAUUAAGUUCUGCGAUCUAUUAGAAGUACGACGACCGUCAAUUAGUAUACGAUUCACUUCCGCGUUGGAAGUAAAUUGCUAGAUUUUCAUGAAGCGUCAAUAAUGCGAUUAUAAAUUUAUUUUUUGAUUAGUCUAUAUGAAAAUUUGAUGAAACGAAGAUAUUGGAAGCAGAGUCUGCAUUGACGUUCCUGGUUUUUUUUUUCUUACUGAAACUCUUGAAAAAUUGCAUCGUUGACGCAACGUACACGAGUUCGUUUCGAUCAUGAAAAUAUAUUUAAAUUGAAGAAUUUCGCGACGACAAAAAAGCUGACGAAUUCGUUAGUUUUCAUAAGAAGUUAAUCUUAUGGCCAAAGAAUCGAAAGAGCUCUCUAAACUUGUCAAAUGUGAAUAUGGCUCACAUUCGCUAUCGUCUUUACUCUUAGUCACUAAAAUUUUUGUAGAAAAUUCAUAGUUGAAGUAAUGAGAGAAGAUUUUGCAAAACUACGAAUGUUUCAAUGACCCGACGUUUUAAGGGUGAGCCGAUUCGAAAAAAUCAUAAUUUUAUUGCAUUCGAUCAAAAUUAUAUUUUUUACUCAAUGGGCCAUUGAAUGAACGACGUGUAAAUUAUUUUUCCAAUAGGUCGCGCUCGCCCGUGUUUGAAAAAAAUUCCUUUCUCCUAUGCAGUAUAUCGCAAUUUUGAAAAAAAAUGCGUACCAGUUCUUCCUCCAGAUUUUUUAUUUAUUUUGCUUGCGUUCAUUUUUCAGUCCAAUUAUUUAUUAUUUAUCGUGAUAAGAAGUAAAGGAAGAGAGAAAAACAUAAUUAUUUGAGACGUAACUACGUUAAUUAGUCGUACCGGAAGUCAAUCCGAAAGAUGUUUGCUUAAAAACUCGAAGGUGACGUUUACUAGUUGAACAAUGUUCUGCAUUAAAAUAUUUCAAAGAAUAAACAAUUUCAAAAAUAUUCUAACUGAGAUUUAGAUAGUUAGGUAUAGCAUUUUAUAAUAUUCGUUUAUAAACUCUGUUGCAGUAUUAAUUAGCUGUAGUGGUUCAUCGAAAAUAUUCAAAUAAAAAUUUAUAUAAAGUAUAUAUAUAUAUAUAAAAUGAGCGACUGCAAUUGAUUUGAUUGAUAUUCUUCAGCUAAAUUCGUAACUGCAACGAGAUAAAAUGCGUCUUUGUUACAACGAUACAAUGUUCAACUGACGUUUAGUUAGGCCACUAAAAUAGCGUUGUCCAACGUGCAUUGAGAAAAAACAGAAAAAGAAUUUACGGUUACAAGUACAACAAUGAACGUUGAUUUAGUUUACGCUUUGAGGUAAAUAAUAAAAAAAAAAAAAAAAACACACAAAUCAAAAAUUCAGCUUUCAAACGAUUUUAGUUAAUAAUUUCAAAAAUUCGAGUAAUUUCGGUAUUGAUCAUUCCAAACAAUCAACGCCACAGAUGUGUCGUUGAAUUUUUCUAAUUUUUUCUUCUUCAUUCGAGGGAAUGUAUAACAUGAUGAUUAAUAUAAACGAUCGACUAGUCCAAUUAGUGUCUUAGACAUGGUUCCUGUAAGUCAUACCGCUGCCCAAUUUUUCACAAAAAAAAAAACGAAAACAAAAAAAAAGAAAAGUCGUAUGUAUAAAUCGUUUCUGUAUUUUUUAGUUUUCCGUACUUUCUAUUGCGUAGUUAGAUUUUCGAUCCCGUCUCCCAUUUUUAUUACCGAUGUUUGUAUACAUUCGACAGGAAAAUUUUCUCACUAUGAUAUAUACAAAGUACAUUAUAUAGUGUAUAGAAGUAUCCUUGUGUAUAUAACGAAGAGGAAGAAGAGAAAAAAUAAAACUGUAAUAUAUGUGGAUAAUAUUAAUGAUUAUAAAUCUUACGAAGCUAAAGGCAAUAAAUAAAAUGUCUCCAAACUGUCAUAGUAUCUGCGAAGAAUUCUUGUGUAACGUUCCCACGUGAUCUUCGAGAUUUUCGUUCAGUAUGUACACCGAGGCCUUCAAAUAUCUACAAUUUCUAUUCAUUUUUUUAAAUUUAUUCUUCUUACGCUGUUUUUUCUUUCUUAUUACAGCAUGGGCAUGAUUUAUCAAUGGACUAACCACAAUUAUCACACAAAGGACUAUACUAAUAUGAGAUAUUUUUCACGUGUAGUUGUUUCUUUUGACUUCCAAAAUUUCUUGUUGAUUCAAAUGUUCGAUAUGCUCAAUGGUGUCUUUUUUUCUUUUACAAUUGGUGGAAAGAUUCUCCAUUAUUUUGAAUGUGUUUACAGAAUAAUCAAAAAAAUCUUUCAUCAUUCGAAUCGUCGUGUUAUAAUAAGAUCAAAUUUCGCAUGUUGCAUUCGCUAUUGUAUGCUCACAGAUCGGAGCAUAAAAUGCUUGGUCUUCGUACGAGGCCACGUUGAGUACGAGUUGAUUAAAGUUAUUCAUUUUUUUAUAUGGUUGUACACAUUCAAAGAAAAUUGUUGAGAUUUCCUUGGUCCUCGCAAUUUUUCCAACUACGUAAUUUUUCAUUACUCGAGAAGACGAAAACGAAGUUUUGACAGUUGCCGUAAAAUUAGUACAUGCUCGAACUUUGGAAUUGGUGCAAAAAUGUGACAGAUGAAAGAAUGCAUAAUUUGUGAUUGAAGAUUGCGAAUACUCGUAAAUCCAUUUUUCAUUUGAAAAUAAUGAAUUUUUUUAUCCAAGGAAUAAAGUAGCGCGAAAAUCCUUUCUGGAUUGAGGACUCGCGGAAAACUUGAUUAUCUUUUCUGUCCGCGGUCACGUGGCGAAAAUAAUAGGAUUGUUGGUUCUGUUGCAUGCCACAGGGAAGGAAUGGAGACAUCUUGAACGUCAGUCGGCAUCGAGUUGCCGAUUUGACCCCGUGUGCUGUACCUAGAGCUGCGUACAGAAGAUGUGCAGCGAGGCGAAGCCGAGUCCGUUCGUUAUUCGAGCAUUUUGUGGCCGAUUUAUUGAUUCAACGUUUUUAGAUAAAAUAAAAAAUGGAGAUAUGAAUAAUCGAUGAAAUAACGAGAAUUUAGGAGCUUUUCAAGCUAUCAUUAUUCCUCAUGACAAAGACACAUUAUUUAAUGGUUAGAAAUUCCAUUGAUCUGCACGAAAAAGCAGAAGAAUACGUCAAAGAAUAGAAUUUUCGACGAGAUAUAAAUUCUGUACGAGAUUUUCAAAAUACGAGUAGUUUUGGUGAGAUAAAAUAUCGCCGAUAAGCGAUUACGGCCGGACGUUUUGAAAACGUGGUAGAACGUCCGAGAUAAUCCAUUACGUUUUGGAUAUACGACUAGAAAAUUAUAUAUUGGCCAACGUUGUAAUUUGAGGCCUAGAUCUGAAUUUUUGGGUAGAUUCCUCCUUCAGCCUAACAAAAAUGGUACGAAUUCCUACACGACCUAACGAACAACGGAUUUCCUAUGACAAGUAGAGGCUGACAAUUUGCAUUCGAGUUGUAAAUAUACUCGAAGCAACAACUCCCCUACGAUAUCAUCGUUGUACCUUCUUUCGUACAGGAGAGUGAAGAUUCUCUUUGAUUUUUGAGUAUUUUAAAUACAGUUUAUCACGUAGAUGUGCCAAAGACUUGCAUUUAAAUGUAUUAAUACUUAUCUUACGUCUCGUAUACAUGUAAAUAUCUGGCUCAUUUGUUAUAGACUCUUGUUUACAUUUAGAUACUCUGAUUUGACGUUUUAAAAAAAAAAAAAAAGGGAAAUGCGAAAGAAAAUUCAAUUUCGCGUAUUACGAUUAAUUCGUUUUAAUUACGUACGUAAUUUUUGUUAGGUACUUAUCCCUUUCCUGGAUAUGGAAAUUCUCCUCGUUGUAUAUACUAUCCACGUAACUUCAAUAUUACUGUAUUGUUUCGAGAAAAAUGCGUUAGUCAAUAUUAUCCUCCAGCGGUAAAGAUCCUUUGUAAAUAUCCAUCUUAUAUUUAAUGAUGAAAAUAAUAAAAGCUAAACGACUGAA